AUGGAGGAAGGCGCUCACAGAGUAUACAGAGGGCCUCCUCCAGUUAGUCAUUCCCCUGGUAGGCAUGGUGCAGAGGAGGGAGAUGUUGCUCGCUCUGCACAGUAUUCAAAAGAAAGACAUGAAGCAAAAGGUGAUCAACCAGAAGACACUAAUGAAGAAAAAGACCAACAACAAGAACAAGAAGAACAACAAACAAACCAACAACAACAAGUUAAUGAACAAGAAAUGACAAACCAACAAGAAGAACUCCAAAAGAAAUCUGACAUAUUUCAUACACAAGGUCAUGACCAACCACAAACACCAACCAAAAAGGACAACAAGGACAAGCUCAUAUCAGCCAUGAGAGCACAAAUACAAGACAUGGAACAAAAAUUUAUGGCUGAAUUGCGUAAAAAAGAAGAUCAAUUGAAGGAAAUGUCCACCAAAAAAACUGGCAGUCCCCAACAAAGAUCAAUGGUCAAGAGAAUCAAACAAAAGUCAAGAAAACAAGCGCAUGACCCAAAUUUUGAAUACCAACCAAUGACAAAAGCCAAAGAAGAUACAAGGAACAAGACACAAACUGCUGCUGAUGUACCUAAACCAACAGAGGGUACCGAUGAAGAAAAAGAGAAGAAGAAUAAAAAGAAAAAAGAAGAAAUCGAAACUGAGACAAAACCUGCUACUGAACUCGAGCAAAAAGAGGGUGUUCAUGAAGCAAAAUAA